AAUAUUACUUCUGCUUUGAUUCGUCAUGAGGAUCAAUUUUUCCGAAGUAAUUAUGUGUACAGUCAACGUGGCAUCCAAGUUGGCAUUGGUACUUUACGAAAGAAAUUGAUGGAGGUACUCGAGGAAGGCAUGGCAAAAUCCUUGUUUUCUAUCGUUGGAGCAGUACAAAAAGAAUUAGAAGAGUCCCGCUAUCAAUUCAAAGUGCAAUAUAAUGAUAGACGGAUUACGGCAGAAUCAUAUGUUGCUGAAACCAUUGACAGCAUUAAACAUAAUUUUAAAAAUUUUGCACAUUCUUUUGGAAAACCCCAAGUAAGGCAUGAAGUUCGAUCAAUGUUGGAACAAAAGGUUAUGGAUCUUUGUGCUGAAUUAUAUUGGACUGAUAAUAACAUCGUUGAUUUACCAAAAGCAUCUAUUGAUGAACUUUAUUGGAAGUAUAAACUUGACAUGAGUUCAGCAGCUCUCACAAAAAGUGGUAUUGGACGAACUAGUACGCAAUUAGUAGUUGGUGUAUUAAUGGCAAAUAUGGAAAAAAUAGCAUUAUUGGAACCAUUAAAUAAUCAUCCUGAAAUAAGCAGUAAGCUAUUAAGUCUUAGCAACGAAAUUUUACGAAACAAAUUUCAUACAACUUCAGAUCAAGUUGAAAAUUGUGUAAAGCCAUAUAAACAUGAAGUUGAAUGUAGUGAACAAGAAUGGACUGAGGGCUUGAAAAGGACAAUAUCUCUUCUUGAAAAAGAAUUGGAAAGUUGUAAUAAAGCAUUACAAAAUAUCAAAGAUACCAUAGGAAAAAAGAAACUUAGAGCCGCAAUUAAAUAUGUAAUUGAUGCUGAAAGAGAAGCAAAACGUGCACAGGCUCAUGCUCGUGAUUCUGGGGAAGGCAAUAUUGUUGUUGAUAACGGAAACGAUGCUACUACAAACGCCAAACCCCAUUCUAUUAUAAUCAAUGAUAUCAUGGAAGAUAAUGACUCUGAUCGUCAUCGUUUACAUUUCAACCCUAAAGUGAUUGAAAAAGCUCUAGAAGCAAUAUUUUUGCGAGAUCGAUCCAUGAUAUUAAAAUACCGUUUAGCUGCUCUCAAAUCACGACAAUGUAAAUCCCCUGAAAAUAAACAAUAUUGUCCUGAAGCAUUUUUAAAUAUGGUCGCCGAAAAACUUACUUACACUGCUGUAAUGUUCAUCCAAGUUGAAUUAUUAAAUGAAUUCUUUUUCCAAUUUCCAAGAGAAGUAGAUAAUCUACUUGUAUAUGGUAUGAAUAAAAAUCAAAUCUUAUCAUUUUCAAAAGAGAAUCCAAAAAUACGGAAACAUUUGGAAUUACAAGAGAAAAAACGAAAGUUGGAAGAGGUAAGAAAUAUCUUUUUAUAA